UGAGUGAGGAGGGGUUGUCAUUCUUCUUCAGCCGAAACUCCACAGUUCACGAGCCCAUGCGGUACGAGGCGCACGGAGAAGUUUGCCACUGAUCGAGCCGUUGCUUCUCUAGCGCAGGACACAAGAAGAAAGAGGAGCACAAGAGGAGAACAGGGAGUCCACGAUGUUCAAGGCCGUCCUGAAGAAAGGGAGAGGUGGAGGAGGGAGGGGUGACAAGAAAGACACAGAUAUGGAGUACUACAGUCAGAGCGGUCAGUUUGGGGGGUCCGCGCGGGUCUCCCCCUCUCGUGGUGCGCCCCCCUCCUUGCCCCUGCAGCCGUACCCCGUGGACGAGGGGGGGAGACUGGGACUGACCCGCGGGGUGUCCCUCUCUCUGCCCUCCUCACCGCUGCUGCCCCCACGCCAGCCCUACAUCACCCCACUCCGCGCCAGCAAGAAGUCCCCAGGUCCGCUCAGGAAGCCCAAGUAUGUGGAGAGUCCUCGGCUUCCUGGAGAUGCUCUCGCAACAGCACUGAGAACCAAAGAGCUGUACCACAAUGAGCCCUGCUCCUCCCUGGCGGCUCAGGAGCUCAUGACACGUUUGGGUUUCCUGCUGGGAGAGCGCAUCCCUGGCUCGCCACGCGUUCCCAUGGAAGACCGGAGCCUGAAGAAGUGUGUAGUGACCAGUCAGGGCGUGAGUCCGUGCUCCACGCUGACCAGCAGCACGGCGUCGCCCAGCACCACGGACAGCCCCUGCUCCACCCUGCCCAGCUCGGGCCCGCCGGCCACCUGCACCUCCCUCACCUCCCCCAGCUCCACCCUCGAGAGCAAGGACAGCGGCAUCAUCGCGACAGUGACCAGCUCAUCUGAGAAUGAAGACCGGAGUGGCUCCAGUCUUGAGUGGAGUAAAGAUGGCAGCCUGAGUGUCCGUGACACCACCUCCACCACCUCCACCACCACCAACAGCGGCAGUAGUGGUGGCAGCAGCGGCUGCCCUGGCACGGGCACAGGCCCCGGCAAUGCCAGCGCGCACCACGCCUCAGCCGUGCCACCCGCGCCCUGCUCGCCCGUCACCGAGGACGGCCCUAGCACCGCGCCCGGCAACGCCGCCCCGUCCGCCACCAGACCCGGACCGGCGCCGUCACCCGCAGGCCCGCCCACGGACGCGCCCAUGCCGGCGUCCGCAGCCUAUCACAGUGGCUCCCUGGUGAUGCCACGCCCAAACUCAGUUGCAGCGACGAGCUCCACUAAGCUGGAGGAUCUGGUGUAUCUGGACGAGCAGAGGAAUGCUCCUCACUGCUCCUCAAUGCGCCUCCCCUGGCAUGGCUCACACACCGGCGGCCGGGCUCAGGAGGGCAAAGCCCGCUUCACUCCUUACAAGCCCGCAGAGAUUAUGCUGAAGCCACUCCUAUUCGAGGUGCCCAGCGUUACCAUGGAUACAGUGUUUGUGGGCCGUGAUUGGCUGUUCCAGCAGCUGGAGGACGGGCUGCGGGGAGAGGGUGAGGCCGGGAAGGGCCGCGGGGCAGUCGUCGUGGGCAACGUGGGUUUCGGCAAGACGGCCAUCGUGUCCAGGCUGGUGGCCCUCAGUUGCCAUGGUGGCAGGAUGAGACAGAUUGCCUCCACCAGCCCUGGGGCAUCGCCUAAAAGUGGGAAUCUCAGUGGGGCUCCAUCCCUCAGUCAUUCGGCCAAUCAGGGUACAGCCUCUGCCUCUGGCACCGCCCACGGUACCCCCCUCAGGAGCAGCAGUUGCCCAGGCACUCCAGAACUGCAGAGACACCGAGAGGAGGCAGCCAAACGACUGGCCAGCAAGGUGGUGGCCUAUCACUACUGCCAGGCCGAUAACACCUACACGUGCCUGGUGCCCGAGUUUGUGCACAGCGUGGCGGCGCUGCUGUGCCGCUCGCCGCAGCUGGGCGCCUACCGGGAGCAGCUCCUGCGGGAGCCGCAGCUCCAGGGCCUCCUCAGCCUGCGCUCCUGCGUGCAGGACCCCGUGGCCGCCUUCCGGCGCGGCGUGCUGGAGCCGCUCGCCAACCUGAGGAAAGAGAGGAAGAUUGCGGAGGAGGAAUACAUCGUCCUGGUGGACGGCCUGAACGAGGCCGAGUUCCACAAGCCGGACUACGGCGACACCAUCGCCUCCUUCCUCACCAAGGUCAUCUCCAAGUUCCCCUCCUGGCUCAAGCUGGUGGUCACGGUCAGGAUCAGUCACGUGGAGGUCACUAGCCUGCUGCCCUUCCCCAAGAUCUCCUUGGACGAUGUCCACAGCAACAAGGACCUCGCCGCUGACCUGAGCACCUAUGUGCUCCAUCGCAUGGACGCCAGCCCCUCCAUCGCCGCCAACGUGGCAUCCAACGGGCGCUCCGACCCCUCGUCCACCUCUUCCUCCUCCACCUCCUCAUCCUCCUCCUCCACCUCCACCUCCACCUCCCGCCUGGCCACUCACCUGGUGGGACGUAGCCAGGGCUCCUUCCUCUACCUGAAGCUGGCGCUGGACCUUUUUGAGCGCGGACACCUGGUCACCAAGAGCUCCAGCUUCAAGGUGGUGCCCGUGUCGCUGUCCGAGCUCUACCUGCUCCAGUGCAACCUGCGCUUCUGCGGCGGCACGGCGGCCUUCCAGCGGGUGGCGCCGGUGCUGAGCGUGGCGCUGGCGUCGCUGCACCCGCUCUCGGACGAGCAGCUGUUCCGGGCGCUGAACGCCGGGCAGGCGCGCGGCUCCAUGGACUGGGCCGACUUCCAGCAGCGCAUGGAGACGCUGGCGCCCUUCCUGGUGGUGCGGCGGGACCGCACGCGCAUGUUCUGCCACCCGUCCUUCCGCGAGUGGCUGGUGUGGCGCGCCGACGGGGAGAGCACGGACUUCCUGUGCGACCCCAGGAGUGGGCAUGCCCUCAUGGCCUUCAUGCUGUCUCGCCAGGAGGGCAAACUCAACCGCCAGCAAACCAUGGAGCUGGGCCACCACAUCCUUAAAGCCCACAUAUUCAAGGGCCUGAGUAAGAAGACGGGCGUGUCCUCCAGUGUGCUGCAGGCUCUGUGGGUGAGCUGUAGUACUGAUGGCCUCUCUGCUGCCCUGGGCUCCCUCAGGAACCUCUACACACCCAAUGUCAAGGUGAGUCGCCUGCUGAUCCUGGGCGGGGCCAACGUGUGCUACCGGACCGAGGUGCAGGGCGGCUCCACGGUGCUGUGUGUGCAGGCCCACCUGGGUCACCUGGAGGUGGUGGCUCUGCUCCUGGAAUUCGGGGCGCCCGUGGACGGGCUGGCGGAGAGCGGCAUGACCCCCCUCUGUUACGCCUCUGCCGCCGGGCACCUGGAGGUGGUCACCCUGCUCUGCAAGAAAGGAGCGAAGGUGGAGCAUGUGGACAAGAGUGGCCAGUGUGCGCUGGUCCAUGCCGCUCUCAGGGGUCACACUGACAUCAUCCGCUUCCUCCUGGAGCAGCCCUGGGCCCCAGCCGACCCCCAGGAGCCCAGCGGCCCCCGGACCAAAGCCCUGCAGCAGGCCCUCAUAGCAGCGUCCAGCAUGGGGCACACCCCGGUGGUGAAGAGCUUGCUGGCCAUGACUGAUGAUGACCUGAGAGUUCAGAUGGAUGGAUUUGACUCUCUGUGGGGAGAGACUGCCCUCACUGCAGCAGCGGGCCGAGGCAAGCUGGACGGCUGUUCGUUCUUGUUGGACCAGGGUGCCGCGGUAACGCAGCCAAACCGCAGAGGGGUGUCGCCCAUCUUCAACGCAGUUAGAUACGGACACGCACAGGUGGUGGAGCUGCUGUUGCAGAAUGGAGCUGACGUGGCCACCAGUGACAAACAUGGCCGCUCACUGCUGAUGGUGGCGGCCAGCGAGGGCCACCUGGGCACUGCCAACUUCCUGCUGGACAAAGGAGCAUCUCUGACCGUGGUGGAUAAGGAGGGGCUGACCGCUCUGAGCUGGGCCUGUCUGAAGGGCCACAGGAGUGUGGUCCAGUCCCUAGUGGAGAGGGGCGCUGCCAUCGACCACACCGAUAAGAACGGACGCACUCCACUUGACCUGGCCGCCUUCUACGGGGAUGCAGAGAUUGUGCACUUCCUGGUAGAGCGCGGUGCCGUCAUUGAGCACAUGGACUACAGCGGCAUGCGUCCGUUGGACCGGGCCAUAGGCAGCCGCAACACGUCUGUGGUGGUCACCCUCCUCAAGAAGGGAGCGAAGCUGGGGAACGCAGCCUGGGCGAUGGCCACGUCCAAGCCUGACAUCCUCAUCAUUCUGCUGCAGAAGCUGAUGGAGGAGGGGAACCUGCUCUAUAAGAGGGGAAAGAUGAAGGAGGCUGCUCAGAGGUAUCAGUACGCCCUGAGGAAGUUCCCCCGGGACGGCUUUGGUGACGACCUCAAGGCCUUCAGAGAGCUCCGGGUCUCCCUCUACCUCAACUUGUCCCGCUGUCGCCGCAAAACCAAUGACUUUGGCAUGGCAGAGGAGUUUGCCACUAAAGCUCUGGAGCUGAAGCCCAAAUCCUACGAGGCUUUCUACGCCCGGGCGAGAGCCAAGAGAAGCAGCAGGCAGUUUGCCCCGGCGCUGUCGGACCUGUACGAGGCGUCCCGCCUCUGCCCCAGCAACCGGGAGAUCAGCCGCCUGCUGGCCCGCGUGGAGGAGGAGUGCAGGCAGCUGCAGCGCCCCGGGGGCAAAGGUCAACUGCCGCUCAAGCACGAGUCCGACCACGAGGACGACGACGACGACGAUGAGGAUGAAGAGGACGAGGAUGAGGAUGAGGAAGAUGGCGAGGACGGCGAGGAGGAAGGGCACGGCCUGCUGGGACGGCGGCUGGACGAAGGGGAGGAGAACGUGUACGACAACGCCGGGGAGGAGCGCAGGAGGAAACAGGAAGCGUGGCGUAAACAACAACAGCACCAACAACAACAACAACAACAACAACAGCAGCAGCAGCAGCAGCAGCAGCAGCAGCAGGGUCGCUACCAGCUAACACGUACGCUGCCCGGCGAGCUCACUCACGGGCACGUUCUGCCAGACCCCUCGGCUGCCCCGCGGCGCCAGAGCCAGAGGGCCAAGAGUGGUACCCGCUGUGGGUCGGUGGGCGGGAAGAGCGCCGGGCAGUGCGGGUCGUCCAGCCCGCUGCCCAGCCGACACCUGCCCACGGGGCUGAAGGCGGGGCCCUGCAUCCACAUCGGCCCCGGGGUGCCCGAGGAGCCGCCCGAGCGCAAGCCUUACUGCUGCCCGUCCUCGGCCGACGCCAUGCCAGCGUCCGGCAGCGUCGCCCGGGCAGCGGAGCGUCUGGAGAUGGCCGCGUGCGGCGGGGGGGAGGUGGACGGCGGGGGCGGAGGAAACGUGCGCGUGUCCAGCUCCUCCAGCAGCCUGGCGUCCAGCGGGGUGCUCUCGGACGGCGGCGGGCGCAACAGGAGCCCGGCGGCGGACAAGAUGGCCGUCUCCCCUAGCGAGGGCGGCAGCGGCGGCGUGGCCUCCUGGCAAGAGAGCGGCACCGGCGGUGGCACAGCUGGCGAGCACAAGCCUCGGCCCUUCAUGGGCGUCAUGGACAAGACGGCCCGUUUCCAACAGCAACUCCUACUACAACAACAACAACAACAACAACAACUUCAGCAGCAGCCGCGGCAUCACGGCAACGGGCGCAGCUGGCACGGCUACCCGGCCGAGAGCUACAUCGGGCACACGUCGGGCGGCCAGGCGCCGCCGCCGCCGCCGGGCAUGAACUGCGACUUGGCCUACUCGUCUCAGACAGGAAGCACUUACCACGAGCACCCGUACCCGCUCGUGGGCGGCGGCCUGCACAACGGCUCCCACGCCCACGGCCCCGGCGACCUGCACCCGGCCCUGGCCCUGCAGCAGCACUACGGCAACGAGAGCAAGCUGAAGCAGGCCAGCCUGGCCCGCGACAACCCCAUCCACAUGAGCUCCAUCAAGCCCAAGCGCUCCUUCAUCGAGUCCAACGUGUGAUCUGCCAGCUUUGCACCAGCUAAAAACAGGCUGGUCACACCUCGUCUGGUCACACGUCAUCUCUGUUCGCUUGUAAUCAGCAUAGUCUUCUCGGUCAAAAGGAAGGUUCCUCAAGCAGUUGAAACUGUACAUGGAUAUAUUUGCUUCGAAAUCUUUCAAUAUACAACAAAAUGGAACAAUUGUACAUGGAUAUAUUUCUGUAUCUGUAUCUUACAAAUGGACAUCAAAAUGCAACGGCUGUGCAUGGAUAUAUUUCUAUUGCUGAGUUAACCACAAAAUGGAAGUGUUGUGUAUAUACCCAAGGCGCUCAUGAAGGCUACAAAACAUCCGAGCCGUUGUGCUCGUUAAGACUGAUUCUAGAUCAGUGUUAUGACAGUGAAGAGGGGGGUUUAGACAUACCCACUGAGAUGUCUGUUACAGUUCAGAGAACAGAAAAUAGCUGGACAGCGCUGGACUAAUGCUACGCCAUCUCUCUCACGGUGUGACAAGGCUUUUGCUGCAAUAGUUAAAUACGAAACAGCCAUUGAACCCUACCACCACAAAAUUAACAGAACUAUAAUAAAGUAUUAUUAUUAAUAAUAAUAAUGUUAAUUUUAAGAAACAGCCUAAGAGUUAAAACUCGAUCUUAGUAAUUAGAAUUACAGAAUGAAUGUCUAUUAUAUGGGCAUUCUAGUAUUCUAAGGAUAUUUAAAACCUGUAUAUAUUUGUACUCAGUUUGCUUCUCGUUAAUGUGUAAGAAUGCUUCCGUGUGUGUGUGUGUGUGUGUGUGUGUGUGUGUGUGUAUGUGUGUGUGACGGGGAUGAUCCUGAACAGUCCCUCUUUGUACAUUGUAUAAAUAGCCUCAUAUUCUCUACUUCCUGCUUGUUGCCACCUGGUUUAUUUAUUUCCUGCGCCUAUGGCUUCGUCAAUUGUAAAAGCAAUAUAUUUUAUAUAUAUUAGUUAUUUUUGCACAGCGGUUAUAUUACAGAGACGUUUUCCUAUUUAAAAGUAUAUAAAUAUAUACUACAAUGCUUUAAUGAAGACUCCUGGGAUUUACGCACGUCAGAAUUGCAGUUUAUAAAGUUGCCGUUUUCAGAUUGAUACUCCAGAGUGGGGAGGUAUUUGAU